GCCCGGUGACAGUACAACCAAAACAAUGUCAAACGGCACCAGCGUAGCCACCGUCGUGCUAAACCAGUUCGUAAAAAACAAAAACAUCGUUUUGCGGGUGGCGAAAUUUUCCACCCGUUCCGGAAUGUCGUCAGAAAACAAAUCCCCGUUGCUGGAGCGGGCCCGCAACAUAGUGCCUCAUCUCGACACGGACCGGCACAAGGGACAGGCGGGCCGGAUCGGUAUCGUGGGCGGUUCGCUCGAGUACACCGGUGCACCGUACUUUGCGGCGAUCAGUGCACUGAAGGUGGGCGCGGAUCUGGUGCAUGUGUUCUGCCCGGAUGCGGCCGCCCAGGUCAUCAAAUCGUACAGCCCGGAACUGAUUGUGCAUCCACUGCUCGACUCAAACAAUGCCAUCAUCCAGAUCGAACCGUGGCUCGAGCGGCUGCACGUGCUCGUCAUCGGUCCCGGGCUGGGCCGGAACCGGCAGAUUAUGCAGACGGUCGCGGAACUGAUCAAAAUCUGCCGCCAGCUACAGAAACCGCUCAUCAUCGAUGCGGACGGGCUGUUUCUAAUCACGCAGGACAUUAGCUUGGUGAAGGACUACUACGGCGUCAUCCUCACGCCGAACGCGAUCGAGUUUUGCCGGCUGUUCGGGAAGGAUCGGGACCAGAUAAUGCUUUCGUUGGGCCGGCUCGGGGCCGGCGUGACUGUGAUCGAAAAGGGCCUGAACGAUCGGAUCUACGACUCGCUCACGCUGGAAAAGUACGAAUGCCCGCAGGGUGGUUCCGGGCGGCGGUGCGGCGGACAGGGCGAUUUGUUGGCCGGCUCGCUGGCCACCUUCUACUACUGGGCGCUGGAAUCGAAGCAGGAAAUAAGUCCGGCAAUGGUGGCGUGCUUUGCGGCCAGCACACUCACCAAGACGUGCAACAAGUAUGCGUUCAAGCAGAAGGGACGCAGCAUGACCUGCAGCGACAUGAUCGACCAGAUACAUCCCGUGUUUGACGAUCUGUUCGAGCACAAGAAGGAUUAGGGCCGGUCGCACCGGAGCUGCCAUCAUUCGAAAUGCUCGACGGUGGUGCUCAUCUAUCGAUACCUCAGAUCAUCGACACGUUCGCUUCCCGUCGCCACCGUGCUCCUCGCUAUCGGCGUCGGUGUGUUCAUCGUUGUUUCCGUACAAUUAACUACCGGCAGCAGUCAGUUUUGACGGCCAGCAUUUCCUGCGCCAGGCACAGCGAUAACACGGUGGAACAAUGAGACGGAGAAAAACAACGAUCGGAGUCAAUUUUUGUGUGCAACGAACGUAACUGACGACCAGGAGCACAGUUCGGAUUGGCGCGCGUUGGUUACUGUGCUGCUGGGUUCUAGUGGUGAUGGUAAUUUUAGGCAUAUUUAAAUAGGGCCAAUAACCUAAAGAAAGGAGAAGGAUAGGAGAGCUUACAUUUACGGACGCAGUGUGUCUGCAACGUUCAAGUCAUCGGUCUCACAUGUACUCACGCAUCUCACCUCAGUACGGCUAGGCCGGUUUGUAGUAAUCGGUUGUAUAGUUGCGUACGCAUUUACAUUCUUGCACGGUUUUAUAUUACACUCAAUCAAGUGGUGUGGAGAACUCGCAGUGAGAGCACAGAAUGUACCACGUAAGGCUUAUCUAGGGAAAGGUAACAGCUACAGCAUACCAAAGGUACGAGAAAUCUAAUAAAGUAUACUAAACAUUAUCUGAAACGAAA